AUGCCUCCUAAGCGCACGCACGAGGAUCCGCAGGCCCUCAAGGAGAAGCUCCACUCGCUUCAAGGAAACAACGCCCGCGGACGCCGCAAUGGGAACACAAACCUUACGAACGGUAGCAAUCUCAAGGAGGUCGUAUCGUCGAAUGGGGACAAUGCUUCCACCAACAGCGGCCAGAACGAGCACAGCGGGUCAGGAAUGAAAUGGAAUAAUCAAGACGCUUCCGUCCUCCAAGGCUACCGGCGUGCGUACCGUCUCGAGACUCCCUCCACGUUCAAGAACCCACUCAGUCACGUCGUGCUCAACCAAGGCAUCGGCCGCUUCUCGCCUACAAUGGCACGGCCAAAGGCGAAAAGAAGAGUGCAUAAGGACCAGCUAGCGCUAGCUGUGAGGAAAAACUUCAAUGCGCAGGGCGUCAGCGAGAGCGACGUCAUCACACAGUUACUGUACACGGCAAAAAGCAGAGACAAGGAGUUUCGGGUUCGAUUUGCACCACAGCGAAAGUAG